CUUCUGCAUCCCUCCCUCCAUCUCAAGACAACCGAUCAUCAUCAUCAACACCAACCCCGAGCUUUACCCCAACCAACCCACACCAACAUCCACCCACUCCAUCGCAAUGCCUCCCAAAAAGGACGACUCCACCAGCAGCGGCAAGAUGUUCUCCGAGAGCACCGUCGCCGUCCUCCUCAUGGCCAUGGGCACAACGUCCAUCUCGAGCACGCAGUACGAAAUGAUGAGCGCACUGGAUGGCGACAAGACGGCUUCGUCGUUCCAGCACCAGUUCCGCACCGUGCUCAAGAAGGCCAAGGAGCUUAAAGACCGCGUCGACAAGGGAGAAAAGUUUGCGCCCGUUGCCGCGGUCGCGAAGAGGAGCGCCGCAGCAGCCCAGCUCACCUCGCCUCCCCAGACCCCGAAGAAGGGAAAACCCGGUGCUGCCGCAAAGGGUAAAGCGAACGGCAAGCAGCAGGUCAACGACACGAACGGCGACGGCAAGGGCGUGGUCGUCAAGCAGGAAGGCGGGGGCUUGGAGGGCGAUGGCGAGAUCUGAGGUUUUUUUUUGGGUUUCUUGAAGGUUCUUGCUUGUCCGUCUGUCUAGACGCAUGUCUGGCACUGGAGAAGAAGAGGGGCCGAGAUUUUCUCGUUCUCUGGAUACUUGGCUGUGUAUCUUGUUCGAGGAGGACAAGUCACAUGAUGCGUUGCUCGCUCGCUCACGGUGCGGCGCGCGCCUUUCUCUCCUUUUUUUUUUUUUUUGGUUGGUUUGUUUGCUGGUGGUGCUUGGGAGUUUU